UCCCCUUUACGACCUCUCUACGCUUUUUAUAUUUUUGAAGUAUCGCGUUUUAAUCGAAUACCUCCUUGUCCUUGACAGUGCUUUGUGUCACCACUUCAAUGUGGUGAAGCCUUGCUAUACAUAUGCCAAGCCAUGCCCUCGCACUGUACCAGUCAACGACCACCUCAUCUAUUCAACCACUCAUAGUUCCAAUCGAUGCGGAUAUGUAUAACAAUGGCUUCCGGGUAGAUGAUCUCAUCCCCCCCGUUGCUCCAGGAUCUACUUCACCUGUACCCUUUGUCCAUCCCAAUUCAGGAUUACUCACGGUCUCCCUGCCUCUGGUUCCGAUUUCUCUGCCACACAUCGCAUCUAUCCCACUGCUUUUGCUUUUCGGUCUAGGUCUCGAGACCCAAACCAAUUUCCUCGCGCUUCAUCUUUUACCCCCCAAGUAAUAUCUGAAUUUCCGAACUCGGCUGAGAUGGCUCGCCAAAUGUCGUUGCUUGCCGAGGAGGAAUUUCAGCGACGGGUUAAGUAUAAUCAGGGAAUGUGGAAAAAUGUUCUCGCUUUAGGUGUUAAAGACACGAGAAUUGUGGAACUUGUCCAGACUGCCUGGAAUGUUACUGCAGAGGCCCGACGAUUCCGGCAAUUCCGGUAAGGUAUUUCAAUCCUGGUCUAGUAGUCCUGAUUUUUUAUAACGACACAAAACAUGAAUUUGUUCUCUCUCCUUUGAACUCUUCCGCUCUUUCUAUACCUUCGUUUUACUCUAACAUUCUUUGCACUCUGGUACAUCCACUUGUAGCCUAUCGUUCCGUUAUAAUCCCUACACAUUAAUCAGUAAUCAUUUACCUUCGAAGUUUUCUGGUACAUGUUCGUUAUUAUGUAAAUUUGCUCAAUAAUAUACUUCUGUUUCACGAAAA